CCAGCCUUUGUUGUUUUUGCGCUAUCUAGUAAUUGAAGAACUUGCAACACCUGCACAUUUCGUGCUAAGCGAUAAGAUAAUUCAAUCGUUGUGUAAACUCAGCCGGAACACAAUGCAAAAUUUCUACUUAGUUUCUCUGUUUUGUCUAAUUUCGGUAAGUUUUGACUUACGGGGUGUUUUUUCUCGGUCUUGCGACCCUGAUGAUGAAUUCGAAAACGAAACGUCGCCCGAAUGGGACAGUUUUAUGGACACCGUCACAGAACUGACGUUUAAUAAAGUGUAUGAAAAGCCUUGUCAAAACAACGUUGGUCAAAAAGUGGCAAUAAAUGCCAGUUCUGACAUUUUGUGGGAUCUGCGGUUUGCGGUGUACAGCGAACGACAAAGUAAGGAAAGUGAAACGAUUGAGUGGUGUUACCAACAGGAAAAGGACACGUGCAACGAAAAUAGAUUUAGGGAGUGUAUGAAAAAUGCAAGAAGUGGGAUGUUAGCGGACAUAACGUCAGGCUGGUGGGAUGAAAGGAUAGAGCAAGAACUUGAAAAAUUGGCCGAAAAAUGCUAAUUUUGUUAGUGGUGUGUAAUUUUGGCUGUCAAUAAAAGAUAGACGUUUA